AAACAUCAUGGUUAUUGUCGUUAUUUAUACGAGCAUGAGUCAGGUAAAGUACAGUUUGCUCAUUUUGGACGCGGAUUGUAACAUGGCCGAGGAUAUUGGACCAUUGCUGCGAACUCUUAAUGAGCCCCAUCCGAACGAAGUGGUGGUCAAGGUUUUCUUACAUAAGAACAUGCGCGAUCUUUUCUUAGAGUUUCUGUACUCGGGAGUACCAAAAACUAAGCUCAUUUCACAUUUUGAGCUCGAAGAAAAGUUUCCCAGCUCCUUUUCAAAUGUGAGUCGUCCGGGGACAACCGUACCUGUUGGCGUGUUCUCCUCGAAGAAGGAGAGGCGCGCCCUGGUAGCCGAAGCCAUAAGCACGCUGCGUGGUCCAGAAUAUGAUCGCAUUCAGGAACACACGACGGUACAAUUUGAAACAAUAUCGUCCUCGGAGCCGUAUCAGGUACAGACUGAGGAAGGCAGUACAUGCACUAGCGAGGAUGGAAGUCAAGUAACAGAUUGAGGCAAUGGACACAAAUAUGUCAUGCUCUUGGCAUACGGAAGCAGAACAUAUUCAGGAUCCUGUACACCUUCUAGAUGAAUAACAAAAUAUGAAUGCACGAUGG